AUGCCGAACUCCCUCGAGCUCGAGCUCGAGGCUCCGCACAUGCGGCCAGAAGCAUUGCCGUGGGAGUCGGUCAGCAGCGUCAAGACUUUCGCCAACAUGUCGGUACAAAAGAGCCUCACCAUGGUCAGCCUACCGGCUGCGGUAGACCUAACCCAACUCGUCUUGCCAGGAGAAGCGGGUGAAGAGCGGCGGUUGAUGACGGGACAGGAGACCCUUCAUGUGGAGAUCCAAGGGUACGACAACGGGGUGACUUUCUCACUCGGCAAGGCUUCCAUACCGCUUCCCACGAUGCCGGUGAUGACGGAGCAGUCGAGCACAUCUCAUCUCCCGGUCCGGGUGUGCUUGACAGGAGCAGAGGGCGUGCGAACAGGGACGUUGGUAGGGGCCUUCCGAGCUUAUUGGUCGUCUGCGGGCGAACCCCCCCGUGAUGAUGUUGACCCGAAUCUGAACAUUAUUCUUCCACAGCAGCUGUCCGAGCCUGGUCCUGCGGCGGUAGAGUCUCAAGAGAAGAUCUCGGAAGAUGCCAUCGACCAAGAAGCCGAACACCCGACGCUCGGAGAACAUUCCGGAGACCCGAACCAUCAAGAGUGGGAAAACCAAGCGAUUGCACUAUUGGAUGAGGCCACCAGGGUUCUGGCUGCCUCUAGGUUCUCCUAUACAAGACGGCAACGUCGUCCGUCCAACGUGUCUGCAGCAGCAGCGACAGACUUGGCCUUCAAAGAUCCAAAAGAGCGGGGCGAUGGAAAUGUUCAUAAACGACAGCAGGUUUCCGAGGCAAUCCCGGCGGACACAUGGGGUACAGGAAACCCAACAGUUGUCGCGAUGCGCUCUGCGUCGCCCCCCGAGAACAAGCUGGAGAAGCGAGUCCCGCCUCGCUUUCCGACGGCAGGUUUCAAGUUCGAGCCAACCACCGGCAGCGUGGAUUGGCACCGAGUCGCAACAGUCAACGUGUCCAAGAUUGAAAGAGAGGGAGACCUACAGACACUCAGACAGUUUCUUCCGGACGUGGCCGUCGGAAAGGUAGACGACGAUGACAACUUCGACACCAAUCCCGGCCUCUUGAACGCGUUUCGACUGGCGCAGCUACAAGCGCAGUACGUGCUCCACUGCCAGCAGGUCUUGCAACGGCAGUUCGUCAGCCUGCAAACGGCAGUGGCUGGCAUGGAGUUGGAGACGGAGGGGAACUUGCAGGGAACCAAGGCAAUGAAGAACAGUGCGCGCCUCCUUCGAAAGGAAAACCGAAAGCAGGACAAGAUCAUCAACGGCUACGCGGCGAUGCUAAGAAUUCACAAUCCAGGCCUGGCUUCGAAGGUGUUCUUGGACGACAAGGGAAGGCUAAAGGUUCGCAGGUUGGACGAUGCUGCUCGACGUCGGGAUCACCGUGGGAGGCGUUCAGAGAGACGAAACCGUCGCCGUAAGUACCGAGAGCGAAGGGUCGACAAAACAACGGGAGACGAUGAAACGCCAAGCAACGGGACAGAACGAGGGGCUUCUCCAGCCGGGUCAGCUUUCUCUCAUGGGAACGGCAGCAGCGAUUGGUCAGAAGCACGGGGGGGCGCUCCAAGAACCGGCAGGGGGCCUCGACCUAGCAUCACCCCCAUGCCUGCACCUGCCGAGUCAUUCAAAUACCGGGACAGCGGCUUCUCCCUGGAUAACGGCCGGGAGCAGGAUGAGGGUCGUGUGGCGGCGCCGAGCGACAUUCGGGAGGCGCUUUUGGUAGAAGGGGGUCGGUCUCCGGACGUGAGGGAUGGCAUCGGUGAACGCGUAGAGUCCCUUGGUGCUACUACUGCCCGCGGGGGCGGCGGUCGUGGUGAUUUAACUCACGGCGGCACUCGACUGGACGCUGAACGGCAGGACUCAUGGGCGGCAGGCUCGUCCUUGUCUCGCGGUACGGAGGGCUUCGGGGUCGAGCCGACGGCACCCCGAGAUCGUGGAUCGAGCGGUGCGGCGGGGGCACGCCCAGGAAGCGGCGGCGAUGGCGGCAGCACCCUUAGCUUAGCUGGAACAGAUCUUCGCACGGGCAACCGGCCGAUUGCGGUAGCAGGAGCGGGCGGAAAGAGAGGUAGCUCAGGCAUGAAUGCCGAAGUCUACGCCGGGUCAUCUACGGCCGGACCAGCAACGGGGCCCCGGGCUAGCCGGUCUCAAGGCGGUGAUUCUGCUGUGGGCUCGAACGCUGGGGGCGUUGCGAGCGACGACAGUGGCAGUCUCGCCUUCGAUGGAUGGAGGGGGACAAGCUCCGGUUCUCCAAUGCGCCGGGGCGGAAGUUCGAGAUCGGGCGAGGAGUUCCAUGGUGACAGGCGUGUGUCCGGGGAGGGCCUGAGUGGGGUCGACCGCUCGCCGAGAGUGGUGACGGUUGCGGUCAAGCCGAAAAAGACUCGACCGACUUCGGCUGGAGAGGGACGAGAGGGACACAGCACGUCACCACCCUCGCCGCAGCAACGGGACCGUCGACUGGAAGCUAACGAUAGCGCUACCGCCUUGUCUGCCCGGGCCGAUGGCAGUGGCGAGACCUCCGUCGUGGCGCUAGACGCGGAGGCCACACUUCGCGAGAACGAGAGAAGAAGAAGCGGAACGUUUCCUGAGAAACAAACGACGGGUGGGUACACCAGUGAGCGGCCGGCGCCUUUGAGCGGCGGGGUGACCGUGGCGAGGGCUGACACCGCAAGGCUCCCAGGGAGCGGUGGGACCCAGCUGACAAAGGCGAAUAAGCUUGACGUUACCGUGCCCGCUUCCCCGUCUCUCGUCACGGAUGCGGCAAGACUCGGUCUCGAGGGGGACGAGUUUCCUGACCUGUUGGACUUCGAUUUGGACGACAUCUCGGAGAUUGACGCCGGUGGAGAAUGGGCAGGAAGUGCUGCUGGGUCAGGGUCCCUGUCUUCUUGA